GUCUCACACAUUGUGGUUGGUAGGUGAAAAGAAUCAAACACAAAAACAAAAAAACAAAAAAGAAAACAGAGAGAAAAAAAAUGGCUUCGAAAGCUGUAUGUGUAACAGGUGCUUCAGGCUACAUUGCUUCAUGGUUGGUCAAAUUUUUGCUCCAACGCGGCUACACCGUUAAGGCCACUGUUCGCGAUCUCAAUGAUCCAAAAAAGACUGAUCACUUGACAUCCCUUGAUGGAGCUAAGGAGAGACUUCACUUGUUGAAAGCAAACCUGCUGGAAGAAGGUGCCUUUGAUGCUGUGGUUGAUGGUUGUGAAGGUGUAUUUCAUACAGCAUCUCCCUUUUACCAUGGAGUCAAAGAUCCACAGGCGGAAUUGAUUGAUCCUGCACUGAAGGGGACACUUAAUGUUCUUGGAUCAGUUGCGAAGACACCAUCUGUAAGAAGAGUGGUGUUGACAUCAUCUGUAGCAGCAGUUGCUUUCAAUGGCAAGCCGAGAACGCCUGAAGUAGUAGUUGAUGAGACAUGGUGGUCAGAUCCUGACUUUUGCAGAGAAUCACAGCUCUGGUAUGUACUUUCGAAGACAUUGGCUGAAGAUGCUGCGUGGAAGUUUGUGAAAGAGAAAGCUUUCGAUAUGGUUACAAUAAACCCAGCAAUGGUUAUUGGCGGUUUGUUACAACCAACACUUAAUACAAGUUGUGCUGCAAUUUUACAAUUGCUAAAUGGUUCUGAAACAUUCCCAAAUGCUACACUUGGAUGGGUUAAUGUGAAAGAUGUCGCCCUUGCGCAUAUUCUAGCAUUUGAAAACCCUUCAGCUAAUGGUAGAUAUUUAAUGGUUGAGUCAGUUGCCCACUACUCUGAGUUAGUAAAGAUAUUACGCGAGCUUUACCCUACAAUGAAGCUUCCAGAAAAGUGUGUUGAUGAUAAGCCAUUUCCGCCAAAGUACCAGGUUAACAUAGAAAGAGCAAAAAAAUUGGGUGUUGAGUUCACUCCCUUGGCUGAAAGCAUCAAAGAAACUGCUGAAAGCUUGAAGGAGAAGAAAUUUUAUUGAGAUGCACAUUCUUAGUGUUGAUGAGUCUGCAAAUUUUAGAGAACAUGCUUUUGUACCUUAUUGUCCACCAUCUCUCGGGGAAAUUGAUAUAAUAAGACCUUUCUUACAUGUCGUUUUGUGAUCCAGAAUUUUAAUGGUGUAAACGCUUCGUGGAGUUAGUAGAAAAAGC